GUCUGUGCACCACAUUCCCUCUCCUUCCAGCAAAAAGACUCUCUGCUCUGCAGCCCAGCAAUGACGUCCUUCAGCAGCCGUAGUUUUAUGUCUUCUGGAGGGGGCUUCGGUGGAAGCUCCAUGCGGGGUGCUUCUCUAGGAGGCAUGUCUCGGUCAUCCGGGAUUGGCAGUGGAGGCGGUGGCCGCAUAAGCGCCAUGCGUACUGGCAGCGUGUAUGGGGGUGCAGGAGGCCAGGGGGUCCGUAUCUCCACUGCGGCAAGCACCUUUGCAGCUGGUGGCAGCGGCGGUGGUGGAGCAGGCUUUGGCUUUGGUGGUGGCGCUGGUGGUGGAGCAGGCUUUGGCUUUGGUGCUGGCUCUGGAGGAGGCUUUGGAGGAGGCAAUAUGGACCUCAACGUGACCAUCAAUGAAAAAGCAACCAUGCAGAACCUGAACGACCGUCUGUCAUCUUACCUGGAGAAGGUACGCUCCCUGGAGAAGGCCAACGCAGAUCUCGAGCUUAAGAUCAGACAGUUUCUGGAGAACAAAACCUCACCUGCUGCGAGAGAUUACUCUGCCUACCAGGCCACAAUCAGCGACCUGCAGGAUAAGAUCCAAGAUGCCACCCGUGUCAAUGGAGGAGUCUACCUGGCCAUCGAUAAUGCAAAACUGGCUGCUGACGACUUCAAGUCCAAGUAUGAGAAUGAGCUAGCCAUGCGUCAAUCUGUGGAAGCAGAUAUUGCUGGGCUGAAGAGACUCCUUGAUGAGUUGACAUUGGCAAGAUCUGACCUGGAGAUGCAGAUUGAAGGCUUAAAGGAGGAACUUAUCUUCCUCAAGAAGAACCAUGAGGAGGAACUGGCAGCCAUGCGCACUCAGAUGACUGGUUCUGUGAAUGUAGAGGUGGACGCAGCUCCUCAGGAGGAUCUGAACCGUGUGAUGACUGAGAUCCGUGAGCAGUACGAGGCAGUCGCUUCCAAAAACCGACGUGACCUAGAGUCCUGGUUCCAAACCAAGUCAGAGACACUGACUAAGGAGGUUGCGGCCAGUACAGAGACCCUUCAAGUGUCCAAGACUGAAAUCACUGAGCUUAGACGCACCCUUCAAGGCCUGGAGAUAGAGUUACAAUCUGAACUCAGUAAAAAAGCGUCUCUUGAGGGAACUAUUGCGGAUACAGAAGCACGAUACUCCAUGAAGCUGGGUCAACUACAGGCUCAGGUAACAAGUAUGGAGGAGCAGAUCGUUCAGCUCAGAGCCGACAUAGACAGACAAUCUCACGAGUACAAAAUGCUGUUGGACAUCAAGACCCGGCUGGAGAUGGAGAUCGCGGAGUACAGGAGACUGCUGGAUGGAGGAGCAAGCAGCAUUACCACUACUGGUGGAGGAGGAGGAGUGAGCUCUACCACUACCGUCAAGGUGAAGACCAUUGUGAAAGAGACGGUUGAUGGGGAAGUGGUGUCAACUACUACAAAAUAAACACAAAACUUCAUAAUACACUGCCCAUCUACACCUGUCACACCAGUCUUCAGGCCUUGUGAUCCACUGUUGUUGAGAAUAAAAUCAGUGAUGCCACAAAAA